CCCAAAUCCUUCAAAAAGAAAGAAAAGAGAAGGAAAACACUCCCAAACCCUAACCUGCUGUGCCUGGCCUGUCCCCUUCCUAGACGGCGGCUUUGGAGUCGAGGGCGCUGCUAUUUGAGCCUCAAGGUGGCUCCGGCAGCGAGCGGGUAGGGCUUCGGGAUCAAGGUAUUCGUGAUGGCCGACAUCGCGUACAGUUCAUGCUGCGUCAAUGAGGUUGGGGCAUCACGUGUCGUCAACUGCGCGCACACCCGCUUAAACCCAGAAGCUUCCAUGUUCGAAUCAAACUGCGCAGAUCACUCCAAACUUUCCACGAUGGAUUGCCCACCUGCUGCUAAUGUCGGAAUCCACAGGGUUUCCAUGGAGACAAGUUCCAGUGAUAGAUUCGCAGCUCUGAGUAGCAUUGGGGAGGAGUAUAUCUGCAAGGAUAAGCUCCCCCUCCUUCUAAAGAAGAAGCUCGCACCCAUUUGUUACGUUUGGUUUGAACCAUCUCACAUGAUGGACAUAGAGCAGCAGGGGAUUAUGAAGACGAUCUAUGUAAACAAGAUAGUCCAAGCUGGUUGCACUGUUAAAAUAUUGAUGGCAGAUUGGUUUCUGCAGCGACAUUUCAAGAUUGGCACUGACCUGAAUAAAAUACGGAACAUUGGCAACUACAAUAUUGAGAUGUGGAAAGCAACUGGUAUGAACCUUGACAAAGUAGAGGUUGUAUGGUUGUCAGAUGAAUUGAAUCGCCACGCGGUUAAUUACUGGCCACUUGCGGUUGAUGUCUCCAGAAAAUACAGCAUGGAAAAAAUGGCAAGUUAUUGUCGGAACAGGACAUAUGGGCCACAAGGACUACCUGCUGCUGAGAUUUUCUACCCUUGCAUGCAGGUUGCUGCUAUAUUAUGCCAGAAGGCUGACAUAUGGCUCUUCAGCAUGGAUCAGCGAGACAUUGUCAUGCUAGCUAGGGAUUACUCCGAAGAAAUAAAUAGGGAAACCAAACCAGCUAUCAUACUGCAUAAUACGUUACCUCUUUUACCAGAAGACCCUGACUUGAACUCGCUGAGAUAUCCAGCGCGGACUCUGUUCAUGGACGAUGCACAGGAGGCUUCAAAUAGGAAAAUAGAGUUGGCUUUCUGCCCACCAAAAGUAACAGUGUCUAACCCAUUUCUGGAGUACAUCAGAUAUGUUAUAUUCCCUUGGUUUGGAAACUUGGAGGUAGCUGACAAGAAAGGGAAUGGCAGUAGCAAGACAUAUGCAAGCAUGGAAGAUUUUGUUGUUGACUAUGGAAGUGGCAAUCUUGAUUCUGCUGAUGUUAAGCUGGCUUUUGAAAAAGGAGUAAACAGCAUAUUAAAGCCUGUUCAGGACCACUUCAUUAGCAACAGUGAAGCCCAAAAUCUAUAUUUCUCCUGUAAGUUGCAGGAUCAAAUUACUGCAGAUACACGGAAGAUUAUACUACAGAAUGAGGAGAUUGUCUGGGGUAGGUCGGAGCUGCCACUAUGAUGUUGGGGUCAGCUGACCCCAACGAACUUAGGCAAAACGUGGAGUGAAUUGCUGCCAAAGUGCAAUGAGUCUUCUUCGCAAAGAAAGUGCAGUUAGUCUUGAUGGAACAGAUGAGCCCAUUGAAAUCUUUGGCUGACUGAAGAUGAUGAUAUGUUAGAUUGCUGGAGGGAGAAAUAAAGGCCUCAUAGUAACUUAUUGUUCCGAAAUAUGCAAGGAAUUGUUGGAUAGGCUUCUUAACUUAUUGUCCCGUUGGGUGGUUUUACUUUCCGUGUUGUAUAUAUCACAACAUUGUUUUUAUAUACUCCAUUUGUCUCAAAAUAAGUGUCAAAGUACAACAUUGGUAUUC